AUGCGCACAUGCAUCACUCACCGACUCCACUCCUGCUCUCCGCUUCUCUCGCGGCGGUGCGUGGACUUCUACUCGGAGUCGUCUGCGCUGCCACGCCAACACAAACACACGUUCUCUACACACCAGAACGCACGCACAGGCCCCCCUCCCCCCCCCAUGACCACGCUCUCUGCGCACUCGCGGUUGAUUCAGAAGUUCGACACCUGUCGGACGGCCUUCAUGCUGUGCCGCGUGCACCUGCGCGCGGACCCGCACAGCUCGAGCCUCCACAAUGUCGUGCACGCGACGAACGCGAUGGCGGCCGUGAAUCAGCUGCUCGGACCGGAGCGGUCUGUGUUUGUCGCGACGGAGGUGCAGCCGCAAGGCGUCGGCCACAGCUGCCACGGCAUCCAGCUGCCAGAGGACGCCAUCAUCGCUGAGAACGUGAGGACAUCGAUGUUGGUGCCAAAGGUGCGGCUGCACAUUCUCGGCGACGCCGAGCGUGGCAUUCCGCCUGUACAGCAGGUGGUUAUCUGGGGCUACGAGACGUGCGGCUGCAUCUUGCAGACCGCUGACGAUCUUCUCACCCACGGCGUCCGCGUCGCCGUCCUUGUUGACGGGUGCGCCUCGCGAACGAAGGAGGUGCACGACACGGCGGUGUUGCAGAUAUCCCGCUGGGAUGGCUUGAUGGUCACAACCGUGCCGUCUGCGGUAAUGCAACUGACGCGAUCCGAUGCACGAUUUGUCAAGCCCAUCAUCCAAAUCAUGAAGAAGUUUGCCGCCGACUGGUGCACCACGCAGCCGCGGCCGGAGCUGCGCGACCGGGGAGGGAGCGGUGAUGGUGAGAAGGCCACCGCUGCCAGCGACGCCAGGGCCGUCCCGUCUGCGUUAGCCACCGCCACCGCCGCAGACGCUAUACUGGCCGCGAAUUCGGCUUGCUGUAGAACGGAACACUGA